GAAAAAAUAAAUUGCUUGGCAAGAAUAAAUUGUGAGGAUAAGAAACAAGAACACUCAAAUUCCGUUGCCGAUUAACCGUUAACGACUUCUGGAAAAUGGCGGGAAUAUCACCCAAUCCAACCUUGAGUUUAAGGAGAAUUCAUGGAAUCCAAUGCUGCUCAGGGGCACCAGGUAAUGAAAAAUGGAGCAGAGUUGGAACUAAAUCUAAAACCCCACGAAUUUUGAAAUUCGCCGUAAGUGGAGUCACGGAGCUUCUCAGGCUCUUCUCCUUCUCUAGCAAAGAUAGUCUGGAUAGGGUGAGCUGUGAAGAAAGAGAUGAGAUAUCUGUUUCGGGUAUUGAUGAUGUCGUAAUGAUCCUCAUGGGAGAUUAUGAGAAUGCUUAUUUUGUUACGGGGAUUUUCACUUCUGCAAUUUAUGCUGAAGAUUGUCUCUUUGAAGAUCCUACUAUCAGAUUUCGAGGUACUGAUUUGUACGCCCGCAACUUGAAACUACUAGUUCCUUUCUUUGACUCCCCAUCAAUUGGACUGCAAAAUAUUGAGAAGGGUGUCAAUUCUGAAACAAAAUUUGUGCUGGCAAAGUGGAAACUAAGAACCUACCUUAAAUUUCCAUGGAGGCCUUUUAUUUCAAUUGAUGGAAGCACAAUUUAUGAAAUAAAUGAUGAAUUUAAAGUUGUUAGGCAUGCUGAAAGCUGGAAUGUUUCAGCACUUGAAGCAAUUGGCCAGAUUUUUACCCCUAGCUUUGGGAAACCAGCAGCGAUUUGAAGACUCUAGAAGUGUAGUGCUUCUGCUUGGAAAUGAUGAUUGCUUGUGUUUACUCAUUGGCGUUCUUCAUUUGACUUUAAUGGGAUUGAAAUUCUUUGGAGACAAUCCCGAUACCAUUACUAUUUUUAACCUAUCUUUUGUUCAAAAUGGUAUUGGUUUCUCCAAAUUUGUCUAAUAUUCUCAAGUCCUAUGCUAGAAGGUAGGCUUAGGCUACCUCCCAUCAGAAUUA